GCGGCUGGCGCCAUCGCUGCUGCCAUCAUUGCUGCCGUCUAAGCCCUCCACGGGCUGAACAGCUUGUCAUCGGGUGAACGGACUUUUUCUCUCCUCUUUAGCUUACUAUCGUAACUGCCUUAAUGUGCGCCCUUGUACGCAUCGUUUAUUCCCUGAGAUGCAUUGUUGGCAGCGGGUUGUGUGCGUGCGAUGUGUGCAACGUGCGCCCGUACGAGGCGGUCCGCAUGGACCUGCGGUACUUGACGCCAGACUCUCUCAUGAGAUACCGAGACGGACUGUAUGUGGUGCAGCGCUACGUAACCCGUGCCCGGCUAAUCGUCCACAGUAUUAGCGACGGGCUGGCGAAGGCCGAGUGAUGCAUGUGUGAGAGCAUGAGAGAUGGUGGGAGAGCGU